AUGAAGGACGUGCUUUAUGUCGUUAUCAUUGCUGACGGUCAGGUUGUGACUCUGAUUAGACCCAAGAAACAUUCAAUCCAUCCCUCAGACAUUCAUAUUCUUCUGAAUACUAUUCAGAGUCCCUCUAUCGCCAAUUCUCCAGCCUCUGCGUCAUGGAUUCCAGUCUGCCUCCCAAAGUUCAAUGCAUCUGGCUUCGUAAAUGCCUACAUAUCUUUCCUCGCACCACCAGAAGAAGAUAACACGCCCGCGUCUCCUGAAACUAUUGUCAACGCAGCUAAUACUGGGGCCCUUGGAUUCAACCCCGAGGAACAGAGUGUGGUACUUGUAUGUAUAAGUGGGGGCGGAGAAUUCGAGGCGAUUCGAGGGUGGUGCGAUCAGGCUACACAGAGAUUGAAAUCAGAAGGCCUUCUAUCAAUUCUAUAUGAUACCGUCCGAUCUGGAAAGGCCAACUACACCGUCGCAGAACUCAGAAUUCCUGGGCUGAGACAUUUUGUUUACAAGUCUCGUCCACAAGUACAAGUCACCUUUCCUAUCUUUGAAGACCCCUAUGAUAAUAUAGACGAGCAGAGAAGGAUCACGACUCUCUACCAGAUACUAUAUGAUGCUGUACACGCUAAGUCUGGACAAGAAGAGACGCUCAAGCUGCAGUUCAUACGGACAGAGAAGGAGUGUGUGAUGGGAUGGAUAACUCAGCCUUUUGAGCUUUACAUAGCGCUUUCCCCUCUAUUACCAACAACUGCUGUUGUAGGGGCUGCCAACGCGGUUGCCCGGUGGGUGAAACGCGACGAAAAUCGGCUGUUUUUGAGGGAUGCUCCCGUGUUCUAA